AUGGCCACCCCGUACCUACCUGCCUCUCACUCCACAGGCGUGAAUGGGAUGCACGUCCGGUGGGAUGUCAUGAACAACUGCACCGACCAGCAGUACUGGGACACCCUCGUCGGCCAGUGCAUCCCCUGCAGCCUCGUAUGCGGCUCGUCCACGGUGAGGAGGUGCGCUGUCCUGUGCGAGUCCAUGGACUGCAACAAGAGAGCCGGCUUCUACUACGACGAGCUCGUGAGGAACUGCGUCAACUGCAGCAGGGUGUGCGGGCAGCACCCGAAGCAAUGCGCCCCGACCUGUGAAAAUCGUCUGGUGGAAGCGGGCAGUGUUGGCGAUGGAUCCACUGGCAGCAGAGUCCCAGAGCCGGUGGAAACCUGUGGUUUCUGCUUCCCUGGACAUGCCUCUGCUGUCCCAGAGACCAAAUCGUGCCACAGCACCUCCUGCCACAUAUGGGAAAGAGCUGUUCCCUGUCACACCGGGAUUUGCAGCACGAGAAGCGCUGGGGCCAUGCCCAGCCCCGACGAUGGCCACUUCAAAAUCAUAUGUUCUCCUUCACAAGAGAAGACUCCCAUGGUGUGA